AUUAUAUCGUGCAGGUCUACCAUAAUGUUACGAAAGCUUCAUGUUGUUAAGAAACUUAACAGGAAUUUGUGUUUUUGAAGCAUUGUAUAUUAAACACAAUACUUAUUUCUUAAAAUACACACAAUUUGCGGUCAAUGUAACAAUGUGUCACUGCUGUAAAUACCAUAGAUUAGCCGUUAGCAACUCCGUCGUAUAGUCGACCGAAUUUCUAGUUUGCACCGUGUCAGCUGUUGCUGAUGAUACGAAGGUUAAGGAAUUUACGAACAGAAGUUUUCGAGAAGCACUCCUCAUCAUAUUUCAAAAAAGUUCGCUGUAAAUAUGGAAUCCACAGGAGAGUUAGAGGCAGUCACAAUGUGUGGUGAAAUCGACAUCAAAGAGGAAUCAGUAUUAACUGAUCCCAACUGGCAAUUGUUCGAAGAAACUGAACAUAUCUUCAUUAAGGAAGAGAAUGUUGAAUCUCCGCCACAAGAAGAAACCAUUUCUCCACCUGAUGCAGUACACACAAAAAAAGAACCUGAGCUCCAGAAGGAAGUAGAGGCAACAAGUUGUGGCAUUGAACCAAGAAGAAUGAUCCUCAUUGGCGCGGAGGACAACAACAGUGCCGAUGGCAGUGGCGGUUUGGCUACCAGGGUUGGACUAGCUGCAGGAAAAGCCAACAUCGUACAGUGCAAAACUAAGGCGGCAGCAUUCUCCACGCACAAAACUGGUACACGACAUCUUGCGUACAGCUGUGCCACCUGUAAGAAGAAAUUUGCACAUUUGCAGGACCUGGAAGAACACAAACAUAUAGACAGCCGUGAAUUUCAGCAUUCGUGCACCGUGUGUCACAAAACACUGAAAAGCAGCUCUACCUUGAAGGUCCACCUUCGUCUGCACACUGGCGAACGCCCGCAUCGUUGCGAUGUGUGUCAGAAGGCGUUCACAACCAGCGGCGCCCUGAAAGCACAUUCACGUCAGCACACGGGUGAAUGUCCGUACACGUGUGAAGUGUGUCACAAGGCGUUCAGGAGCCAGGGCACACUGUGGAGUCAUUCGCGUCUGCAUACGGGCGAACGUCCUCACGUCUGCAAAGUGUGUCACAAGAAAUUCAUCAGUAAUAGCUGCCUGAAGAAACAUUCGCGAGUGCACUCUGGCUUACGUCAAUUCACUUGUGACCUGUGUCUCAACAUAUUCACGGAAAAAGGUCUCCUUAAUAUGCACUCACAACCUUUCAGUUGCAGAUUUUGUCACAAGAAAUUCUUGUUUCCCAGCAGCUUGAACAACCACGUCCGUGUGCACACUGGGGAUCGUCCAUUCAACUGUUGCGUUUGCCACAAGACGUUCACCUUAAGUUCGAUCUUGGUGCAACCCUUGCAACUGCAUUCAGGCUAAUGCCCUUUUUGUUCUGACGCGUGCUGUAAGAGGUUAAUGAGCCGACGUUGCAUUGUGACAAACAAGAAGUUUGACAUUUUGGACAUGUCGUAAGCCUCCUGUUUGUACAAAUAGCGUUUAUUCUGAAACGUGAUAAAGUUUUGCUAUUCCUGUUACCUAUUGCGACUGACUGUCGUCACCAAGUAAACCGAGUUACUACAACUUUAUGAUACUCUUCGCUAGACACACAAACCUAGAGAACGCAGUCUGCAUUAGAAUGGGUGAUGAGUAUAAUUAUGGCUGCACCAGAAAUGAAGAUGAUAACGAAGACGUCCUAAAAGAUGUUUCAUAAAACUACAAUUGCCUGUGACUCAGUUCAUCAUUACUGUAAUAUGUAAACUGAAUAUUUGUAGUUUGAGCACUGCAAUCCUAAAAGUACACUGACGGAAAAAAAUCGCUACACCAAACAGUAAUUAAUGUAGAGGAAUGAAAUUUAGGGAAUACAUUUACUAAGUAUAUCUACGUCAUUAACAUUGCAAAAAUGUUUAAGGUGAGCAAGAGAUAAGCCAUUGCAAAUAUGAAAUGCUGGUCCAUUAAUAACAGGUGUAAUGGCAAGAGUGUUGAAUGCAGGCAUGCAAAUGUGGAUGCAUUGUGUUGCACAGGUGCUGGAGGAAGUUGCACGUCUUUUGCACUUGGUCGGUCAUUAGAGGAAUGAGUAAUGUUGUUUGUGAAUGAUGCUGGAGUUGUCGUCCGCUGACGUCCCAUAUGUUCUUGACCAGAGACAGGUUUGGUGUCGAGCAGGCCAAGGCAACAUGUCGACAGUCUUGGUUUGAACGGCGGUAUGUGGACGAGUGUUAUCCUGUUGGAAAACACCCCCUGGAAUGCUAUUCAUGAACGGCAGCACAACAGGUCAUCAGACUGAUGUACACACUGUCGGUCAGGGAGCAUGGCAUAACCAUCAGAGUGCCCCUGCUGUCACACAAAACCAUACCCCUGAUGACAACUCACAACUCCAGGUGUAUGCCCAGUGUGGCUAGACUGCAGACAAAUUGCUUGCAGGCUAUGGGCGGUCUGGCUCGGAGCUAUCCUUGAAGUACCGGUAACCGGUUUGUAACAGUUCGUUGUGUCAGUGUUGUGCAAACUACUGUGCAAAUUGCUGCUGCAGGUGCAGUACGACGCGACAGAGCCACACGCCGAACACGAUGGUCUUCCCUGUCCAUAGUGCCACGUGGCCGUCUCGAGCCCGCCCUUCUUUCGACCACACAUUCCCGUGACCACUGCUGUCAGCAGUCACGUAUAAUGACUACAUUCCUGUCAGGUCUUUCUGCAGUGCCGCAGGAGAAACAUCCAUCUUCUCCUAGCCAUAUUACACGACCUCUUUCAAACUCAGUGAGGUGUUGAUAAUGGUGUUUUUGUCGCCUUAAAGGCAUUCUUGACUGAUAUCAGUUCACUACAUCCAGUCUCACAGGUAACUAACGCUCACGAACGGUACAGCGUGUAUUUAAAGCAAACCUGAUUUUCAUCCCUAUGGUGGCACUACUAGCGCCAUUCUUACGCGACUGGCUCAAAAUUAGAAUAGACAUCAUCUUUCAGACGUGUAAACACGCCUACCAUCUUUCGUUUGUCACACAACUUCUUCUUGGUGGUGCAGUUAUUUUCGUCAGUGUGAUAAAAGUGUAAUCUUAGUAUAAUAGGUAUUUGCAGUAAGCUUAUUAUAUCGACUGCAGUUUGCUUCAUACGAUCAACCACAAAAGUGCAAAAUGAUCUAACUCGUGAAAUAUUCCUCAUAGCCAUAACUGUACUGUGUCAAGUUGAUUUAAAAAAUAUCAUCAGUUCUUGUGCAUUGUCCACAAUUAAUAGUAUCAAACCUGUCUUGCCUUAGUAAGAACAGAAUACUUCAAGAUGUAAAGAAUUGCAUAAAACUUCCAUUUAGUUGCACAUCAGUAUCAAAAGAAAUAAAAAUGUGCAAAUACACGCUGAUAAAACUUUAGAUGCUACCACAUUUUGUUCUCUAAAGGGUAGUUCAAUCAGAAAAGCGCUUUAGUGGAUAAUUUGUGUUAGGCUAAUAUGUGAGCUGUUUCAUCUGCUUGAUAAUGGUUAUAAUAAUGGUCAGUUUACAAGGACUAACGAGGAUGGUGUCGUAUCACAAAAUUUGACAACUACGAGUGUUCUGUGUAUAAAACAGUUACUCCAGAGAGGAGACAAUAUUAAAUGCCAGACAUACUUAUAUACCAGGUCGUUAUUAUUAAAAUGCAGCUACUGGCAGAGAUCCAACGUGGGCAGUAAUUAUCAUAUGGCAGCGAAACUUGGUAGAUAAAUUUAAUGCGUUAAUGUGUAACCUAUUUACGCUCUGGAAACAUUAGUUCUAAUUUUGGCCACCAGGUGCAAAUCUGGCUUUGUGAGUGCACGAAAGACGCAUAAAAUAUUUUCCUGCGUAGUGGGUUAGAAAUGGGUCAUGAGCAGACAAGGUCAAGCGAGCGAGAAAGGCGUAACGGUGAUUUUAUUAACUGUCGAUUACACAAUAUGUUCCAUAUGAGCAUCACACAGGUCAAUGGGAUGCUAUACAGCGUCAAGAUUUGCACCUGGUAGCCAAAAUUUGAACUACUUUUUUUCGUUGUAAAUCGGUUCCACGUCAGCAUAUCUACCAAUUUUCGCUGCCUUACGACUUCGUGAGUACAUGCACUUCAGUUGCAACCAUCUGGUACACUAUAUGAUCAAAAGUAUUCGGACACCUGGCCGAAAAUGACAUACAAGUUCGUGGCGCCCUCCAUCGGUAAUGCUGGAAUUCAAUAUGGUGUUGGCCCACUCUUAGCUUGAUGACA